CCGGGGGGCCUCCUGCUCCUCCUGCUGCUCGCAGACCCGGCGCUUCCGACCGGACGCCCCCCUCCGGUGGUCCUGGUGCCUGGCGAUUUGGGCAACCAGCUGGAGGCAAAGCUGGACAAGCCGAAGGUCGUGCACUACCUCUGCUCCAAGAAGACGGACAGCUACUUCACGCUCUGGCUGAACCUCGAACUGCUGCUGCCUGUCAUCAUUGACUGCUGGAUCGACAAUAUCAGGCUGGUCUACAACAGGACGUCCCGGGCCACCCAGUUUCCCGAUGGUGUGGACGUGCAUGUCCCUGGCUUUGGGGAGACCUUCUCACUGGAGUUCCUGGAUCCCAGCAAAAGCAGUGUGGGUUCCUAUUUCCACACCAUGGUAGAGAGCCUUGUGAGCUGGGGCUACACAAGGGGUGAGGACGUCCGGGGGGCCCCUUAUGACUGGCGCCGAGCCCCAAAUGAAAAUGGGCCCUACUUCCUGGCCCUCCGGGAGAUGAUCGAGGAGAUGCACCAGCUGUAUGGGGGCCCCGUGGUGCUGGUUGCCCACAGCAUGGGCAACAUGUACACGCUCUACUUUCUGCAGCGACAGCCACAGGCCUGGAAGGACAAGUAUAUCCGUGCCUUCGUGGCACUGGGUGCGCCCUGGGGGGGCGUGGCCAAGACCUUUCGCGUCCUGGCCUCAGGGGACAACAACCGGAUCCCAGUCAUCAGUCCCCUGAAGAUCCGGGAGCAGCAGCGGACUGCUGUCUCUACCAGCUGGCUGCUGCCCUACAACUAUACCUGGUCACCUGAGAAGGUCUUUGUACGCACAUCCACGACCAAUUACACGUUGCGCGACUAUCGCCAGUUCUUCCAGGACAUUGGCUUCGAAGACGGCUGGCUCAUGCGGCAGGACACGGAGGGGCUGGUUGAAGCCAUGGUGCCACCUGGCGUGCCACUGCACUGCCUCUAUGGCACGGGUGUCCCCACACCAGAUUCCUUCUACUAUGAGAGUUUCCCAGACCGUGACCCUAAAAUCUACUUUGGUGAUGGCGAUGGCACUGUGAACUUGCAGAGUGCCCUGCAGUGCCAGACCUGGCGCAGCCGCCAGGAACACCAGGUCUCACUGCAGGAGCUGCCAGGCAGCGAGCACAUUGAGAUGCUGGCCAAUGCCACGACCCUGGCCUACCUGAAACUCCUGCUCCUUGGGCCCUGAUUCUUGUGCCAGGCAGGGCUGUGGGACGGCUUGGCCACAGCUGCUGCUCUUGACCUCCCGGGCUGCCGUGGCCAUGAGUUUAGCAGUUUGUAACUGACCUUCCAAGGCCAUCCGUCUUGGGUUAUGAAACAUCUGCCGUGUCUUAUCCUUUCUCUGGGAGAGAGGAAGGAAGAAA